AGAAUGGUUAGAGAUCAUAUUAUAUCAAAAUAGCUUAUUUUAUUCAGCUUUUAAUUCUCUAUCUUCCUAUGUAUACUGUGAAAAUUUUCAACAAUCUGUUGGAACGUAAGCUGGUACAUCUUUUAUAGGAUAUUUUUUCUUUUUUUUCCCCAAAAGGUGCGAUAGUGCUAAAAGUCGGUAUUGACUAACUUUUCAUAGAAAAGGUAUUAGAAGCUAAAAUUUUAGGGUUAGUAGUUUUAGAUAUUGAAGUUUUGAAUGAGCAAAAAAAAUCGAAAAAAAAAUUUUAUCAAGUGCCUCGUAUAUUGGAGCGAUGCUCGAUCAGCUCAUGGAAACUCUCUUAAUUUCUAUAUUUGAUUUAAAUUAAUAUAAUAGUAAAAGAUUUAUUGAUGUAUAACAUUAUACUAAAACAAAAGAUUUCAUCUUAUAUAUGAAUAAAUAUCAAAUUUUCAGUAAGAUUACUACGAAAAACUGAAAAUAGACUACAACAAUUUCUGCUUUAUAUAUUCUAUUAUGUUUUAUGUGUAAGUUAUCUAGUAAAAAUUUCUCAACACUUUCCUAUAUAUUUGCUUAGAUACGACUUAUCUUAAUAUGAGUAUUUUAUAAGAAACAUUAUUUGAUGGGGAUAUUCAAUAUAUAAGCGUUGAAAAUAACUCAUUUGACAAUCUAAAAUUAUCUAUGAGUCUUCAUUCUAUAUACUUAAUUUUGUUUUAUUUUACAGAGUAUGUUCGAAUCCAGGAUGUGACAAAACCCUUUUUUUCUAAAUUCUUACUUCUAAAAAGGAGUUAAGCUCAAUAUCUUGAAAAAUGACGCUUUAAUUAUAAAAUCACUUUUUUAUACAGUGUUUUCUCCGGAGGGGCGAUUUGAAUUUCCGAGGGGGCGAAAAAUUAGUUUCGGGGAGGGGGGGCAAGCCAUGUAUUCGUAGCACGAUUAUCACAAGUCUCGGUCCCCCCCUCCGGGUACUUCCCUGGAUAAAAUACUGUUUUUAUAUAAUAUUAACAAAAAUUACUUCAAAAAAGAGACUCUAUCAUACCCUAUGUUUGGAAAUACUCGUUUAAACUAUACACAGAGAAAAUAUUUUCAUAAGUGCCUAAUAAAAAAAUCGUGUCAUUGAUGAAAGAUCAGGCUUCAAGUUAUGUUUGUCCUGCAUUUAUCUUAAUUUUCAUUUUAUUUUUUUUGAGAUGAAAAGUUUGUUCGUCUAGAAAAUUAGAAUAUGAAGAUCUAAGAAAAAAUUUUAUGAUAAUAUUCGAAAUUAGCAUAUACCUUCCAAUGAAAAGUGAUUAAUCAGUUAAAAAUAUUCUCUCAUCAGAAGAAACUGAUUUAUUUCAUUUUCUAUAAAAUAGUUAUUGUUUCCAAUAAUUUUGUUCUAUAUGAAAAUAUAUAUGAUACGACAAAACACUUCAAGCUCUCCAAAAUGAAUUUUUCGUUAUUUAUUUUUUCUUUUUGUUUUCAUUCGAUUUUCAGAAAAUUUUCGUUUUUUUAAUACAUCUUCUCACAAAAUAUAAUUUCUUCACAAUUGCGAAUCGUAUAAGUAAGAAAAAAAAGAAAUUACAAGUGAUUAUUUAAUUUAAAUAUAACUAAAAAAUUUUAAUCGCAUGAAAAAUUUGUAAUUUCUUCAUAUAAUUUUCUUUAGUAUUAUUAGUCCGUCAAAUUAUGAAAUUAAACGUAAUUCAUCCGAACGAAAAGAUAGUAUUAGCGAUGAUAGUCGAAUAAAUAUAAAUAGUAGUAACACAAGAAAAAAAUCUGGUAUUGAUGGUCCAAUAAAAUUAUCAACUUCGAAAAGAGAAAAAAAAGAAACAAUUAUUUGGGGACCAACUGGUGUUGAACCAUGGAGUGCAUCAAUGAUAACUGGUAUCGAUUGGAAAUCAUUAACUAUACCAGCAUCACUUCCGAUAACAGUUGAUGUUGCACCAUCAGCUGAAGAAUUACAACGUGAUUAUACACAUAAUUCAUAUACUCUUAUUCAUGCUAUACCACCACAAAAUGAAAUUGAUAAAAAGAAAAAAUCUAUUCAAAAUGGAAAUAUACAUAAUGAAAAAACAACAAUUUGUGAUAAUAUGGAACGUCAAAGAAUAACUUUUGAUGAAUUAAUUGAUCAACGAUUAUCACAAGGUUUUCAAAUGAUUGUUGAAAUUCCUAAUCAUAUUUGUCAAAAUAUGUUUGAAUCAAUACGACGCGCUGGUUAUAAACAAACAGAAUAUAAUCGUUUAUUAAGUAUUGGUAGAAUUUAUCAUACAUUAAGUCUUGUUAUAGAAGAAAAUCAAUCUCAAGAUACUGUUGUUAUUUAUGUUCAACAACAUAAACCACAAAAUGUUUUUCAACCAAAAUCUGUUCAUUAUAAAUAUCGUUUUCAAUGUCCAGAUUCAUCAGAUUAUGAUCCAGCAUGUUAUGAAUUACAACUUGAAAGUUUAGAAUCAUUUUCAUGGAAUUUAGUUGAUAAUGUUGUUGGAAAUCAUGGUACAGGUGAUCAUAAACUGUCAGAUUUAGUGAAAUAUUGGCAUACACGUCUUGUUCUUAUGCCGGCAUCUAAAGAUUAUACUAUAAAAAAUAUUGAAUCUGGUCAAACAAAAUGUGAUAGUCGUGAAGAAAUGUCCUAUGAAGAUUUUUUUCUUUAUGUUGAACAUUUUGUUCGUUUUUUAUUUAUGCUUAAUAAACUUGUUCGAUUACCUCUUGGAACAAAUGAAUUUAUACGUCGACCUCUUGAUUCAUUAACAGGUAAAAAACGAACUGAUCAAGCAAAACGACAAGGAAAAAAUUUAAUUCCAAUUCAAAUGUUUCAAUUAGUUAAUAUAAUAUCUGGCGAUAUAAAUUCAAUAAAUAAUUUAUUAAAUUUAUUUCAAAAUGAACAACAAGGUUUAUUAUUUGUUAAAGAUUCAGUUUUACCUGAGUAUACAUUUAUUGGAGUUGAAGCUAUUUGGUGGUCAAUCGAACAUGGUGAUGAUAUAGAAAAUGAACAAACAGCUAUGAAUUUAUUUCAAUUUUUAUUUGCCAAUGGAUAUAUUCGACAUUGUACAAAUAAAGAAAAUAGUUUUCGUUUUGGAUUUUUUCUUUAUUAUAUUGUAACAGAAAAAACAAAAAAUUUUUGUCUUGAAUCAAAUGAUUAUGCUGAAGUUGAAUUUCAUCAAACACAAACAUACAUUCCAUCAAUGGAUUAUUUAGGUUUUGGUGAAUGUCAACCAAUGCGUUUAUUACCUAAAUUAAUUGAUAAUCCAAAUAAAAAAUCUGAAAAACAACGAUCUACAUCAAAUAAUCGUAAUUUAUCUUCUCUUUCAAAUACAAAUAAUAGUAAAAUUCAAAUACAAUCAAUUGUUCUUAAACGUGAUUGUAAUGUUGAUGUUGAUCCAAAACAUAUAUCAGAUAGACGUGAAUGGGCAACAGCUCAUUAUCAUUCAUAUUAUAAUCCACAUUGUUUAUUUGAACUUGAAAUUCGUUGGCUUGUUGCAACAUCAUGUAUACUUGGAGAUUUAAUUACACAAUGGUCACUACGUACAGGAACAAUACUUGGAUCAAAUCAAGUUGCAUUUCAUCUUAUACCAAUUCCAUGUGAUCCAUUUGCUGAAUUCGAUGCACUUAGAGGUCCUAUUUAUAUUAAAAUCAAUAUAUCGUGUCUGCACGAUAAACUUGCUGGUCUUCCCGAAAAAUCUCAAGUUCAUCGAAUAAAUAUCUUUCAAGAACUUAUCUUAAAACGUUAUGGUUUUAUUUUAAAUGCUUGUGUUAGUUAUAAUAAUGAAAAUAUUUAUUAUGUUCAUAUAAGUGGGGGUAUGUUGGUCUAUAUUAUAUCUGAUGUUUAUAAUGUUCAUUAUAACAGUCAAACUCCACGUAUUAUAUCAACUGGAAUUACAGUUGAUAAUCAAUUAUCACCAUUAGAUUGUGGAUUUUAUUGGUGUUGGAAUUUUUGUUUAGGAAAAAAAUGGCGAAGUUCACAAACAGGUGAAGAAAAAUAUCAAGAUAUUAUGUUAGCAGAUUUUCGGGCAUUUUGUGAUAAUGAUAAAAAUCGUUUGGUUAAUUUUUGGAACGAAGCAAAUAAUAUGGCAAAUAAAAAAAUGACUGAAAAAGAACAAGAAUCAUAUAAUGAGGAUUAG